GUGGAGGUUGCCUUUGGGGGUGUAGAAGCGGGUCCCAUGAAUUGGGGAUGGCGCUGUGUACAGUGUGAGCGAGUUAGCAGCCAAAGUUGAAUAGCGCUGGCUGGAAAGUUCGCUGGAGAGGCGACCCAUGAUCCCAAGUUCCUCUGACAUGUUACCUACGGAUGCCCGGUGCAAACAUGCGGACUACAAACUUCAGGCAACAAGGACUUCUGUGGUGUUUUGAGUGAUUUUCUCCUUGUUCCUUAAAAAUAACAGUUCACGGCUUGCUGUCUUCGCUGCACGCUGCCGUUUCAAUGGACUGUCGUCUAUCUUAUCAUUCAGUGAGUAACUUGGAUAAAAAUUGAUUGCAUGGUUUCCUGACUCGGAGACGUGUGUUUAUCACGAGAAUGACUUAGCUGUUGACGUUAUGCCAUGUAGUCUACGCUCGGGUGUUUAAAAACAAUGAACUCCCCCCGUGACCAGGAACUGGCACCCUUAUCUCGGAAACACCGACUCAUGGCUGCAGCUAUGCCCGGCGAAGACAGCCCUUUGCCCGGCAACACUUCCAGGACUGAUCGGAAUGGAUUAGGGGGGCUUGUUCACUGUUUUAUAUGUGGCAGCGGAGUUACACCGGGGAAGGAAUUGAGACUGCAAGUGACAUAUCAGAAGGAGAGGAUUCCCUUUUUCCCGUUUCUGCAAAGUCAGGAGCCAGCCCCGGGUGCGUGUGAAGUGAGCCCGGAUGGACAUGCGCUGGUGUGCGCCGUGUGCCACUGCUUUCUGACGGAGCAGUGGAACUCCUUCGAGCGGAGCAGGACGCCCAUUGAGAAGCGCAUGUACUGGCUGAAACGGCCCUACCAGUGCGACUCUCGGCGGGUCCCACAGGAGUGGAAUAUUUCUUAUGACCUGGAGAGGCGAAUCGGUGUCAACAGCCAGAGCUACGACGGGGGCGCAGAUUCCGAUUUCUCCUCUUUUUCCGAAAACGAGAACAUAUCAGAUCAGGAGAUGGAUUUCGUGGACAGAGUAGGUGUGGGCAAAGACAAGUGUCUGAGAGCAUCUGGGAAGUCUCCAAGAGACAGUGGCAGGAAAAACAGUGCCGUCAGUAUUAAAAACAGCCCCGAUUCACCGGUGGCACCGCGGUACCCGCUGGGUGUUUAUGGGGCUCAGGGAUCACCAAAAGCGGAGAGUGUUCUGUCGGCGAGGCGCGGUGCUAAAAUUAUGAAUAAUGUCUGUCAGUCAUCAGAAUCCGUGGCAAAGUCCAGAGAGAGAUUCCCCCAGCGAUGCUACGACAGCAUUGUCCCUGACACACCUGUGGAAGACAACGGGGUCAUUAUGCGCAACAGGCUGUGGCUGGAGGAGGAGAAUGCCAGACAUGUGGAGCCCAGUCAGAUCCAGCGCGUUGCCGACAGCAGCUGUGCUCCGUCCAGGCAUCCAUCGCUGCUUUACCGGGGUAGAGGGGAGGGUAGCUCUAAAGCUGCACUGUCCGCUGCUGGCACCACUGUUGCCAGCCCUAAAUGUAGCAUAGCUUUUCCCAGGGAGAAUAACUCUGGCAACUCUGAUGAAGAUGAGAUUAACAUCACAAGUGAUGAUGACAGGAACAUGUAUGGCAGCAUGACAACUAAAGCUGCCGCAAACCUUUCAACACGAAAGAAUGCCCCACCACACCACGCUAUGGAUACCGGUGCAGGGGAGUGUGUGUGUUACAUCUGUGGCACCGGACUCGCGCAUGAUGCCCGUUUUAAGGUCAGCGUUCAGAAGCAGGAGAGGGCUCAGGGUGAGCCCUUCUUUCCCUUCCUGUGGCUUCACUCGGCUCCCCGUGGUGCAGUACCCAUCAGUCCGGCGGGUAUGACCCUUGUCUGUGGCAGCUGCCACACCUCCCUGAUGCAGCAGUGGCAGAGCUUCCAGCUGGCUGAUGUGCCUGUCCUCCAGCGCCUGUACGUAGUCCCCCUUAAUCAGUCCAGCAGCGCUCUUCAUUCGUCACAGCCUACUCUGCAAGAAGGAAAACCUCCUGGGCCCAUGGAGAGCACACCUGAACCUAAGUCUUCCUGUGAGGCCUGUUUCCUCUGUGGUCAGGAGUGUGGAGGAGAUAUAAGAGUAGCAUACGCACAGGCUGGUGUUGGUAAAUCCCGCGGUGUCAUGUAUUUUCCUUUCAUCAACAUGUUGCCCUGCCCGCCUAACGCUCAGGGGCUGAGGAAUGGUCGUGUACACUGCUGCUCUCAGUGCCAUCUUAUCCUGGAGGAGAUCUGGGAUGCGUAUCGACUCAGUCUCAGUGAAGACCUCAUCACUUCUGUAAGCUCCUUCCUGGUCAGGUAUCACGCUGCCUUGUCCGUUGAUGCACCUGGACCGGUCCACACUCAGUCAGGGGUGAGCUCUCGGCCCUGCAGUUCCAUGUCCAUGUGUUACCUGUGUGGAGCAGAACUGUGUGCGGGAGGAGAGUAUCAGCUGCACGUCAACCCACCAGGUCGCUGUGGGGAGAGGGAGCCUUUUUUCCCAUUUCUCACGGUGCACCCUCCUGCUCCCCGUGCCAAGCCGGUUGACGCCACAGGCCUGGUGUCUGCCUGUAACCUUUGCUACCAUGACCUGCACGCUCAGUGGGCCCAGCAUGAGAGCAAGGGUCUGGGUCCCUCCACCCCUUCUACCUCUAGCUUAUCCAGUGCCAAUGCCCAGCUCCCCAGCUCUCCCUGGGCCCGUCAGUACAGCUGUGAGGCUUUUGUGUGUUUCUUCUGCAGGCGGGAGCAGCGCAGGCAAGGUAGGCUGUGCCAAGUCACCGUGGCCCGGCUACCCGUAUUCCUAUAUGCACCUCGCAGCACUCGCACGCUCCUGGUGGACAAUGGAAGGAGGCUGGUGAUCGGCUCAUGUGUGGAAUGUAAGGCAAUGGUGCAGGUGGGACAGAGCGCGCAGCAGGACAGGACCAGACUGGGACCUGGAGCCUCAGACGUGGAGAGGAAAGACCCUCAGUCACCCUCAGCCCAAUCUAGACAUAAGGCUGGUGCUGUGAUUGAGGGUGCAGCUGUGGCCAGUAAGGAGCCAGAGUCCCGUUCGGGGACCGCGCAACCCGCAGCAGGUGACCACACGCCGUCUCGUCCAGGAACCUCGGAGGCAGAAAGAGCUGACCACUCUCUUUCCAGCAUGAGCCAUGAGCCAAAGUCACCAUCGUUAGGAAUGAUCUCCACGGCGACCCGUACCACGGCGACGGUCAGCCCCCUUACCCCGUCACCUCUGAACGGCUCCAUCGUAGCCAAUGGAAGUCCAGCUGCUCAGUCAGCUCAUUCUGGAUUUGCUGCAGCCCUCCGUAAACUGGCAAAACAGGCUGAAGAACCUCGAGCUGCAUCCUCCAUCAGCAGCGAGUCAUCACCAGUGUCGUCCCCGGCUACCAACCACAGCUCUCCAGUCAGUACGCCCAAGAGGGGGCCUCUUGUUCCAGGGCCUGUCCUGGUUAAUCCAACAGGCCACAGUGUGCCAAAUACUCCACCUGUAGUCACCAUUGCUCCAACAAAGACUAGCAACGGCCUGUGGAGGAACGAGGGGCGCCAGGCUGACUCGGGGCCUCGUGGGGCCAGCAGGGAACGUCUGGGUCCAGAGGGGACACUCUCCCAGGAAAAGGGUGGCCCCUCAGUCCCUGCGCACCUCCUGGGAAACCCCUAUGCCUUUGGUCUCACCCCCGGCGCUGUCAUGCAGGAUUCACGUUUUCAGCCCCUUAACCUGCCCAGACAGUUGCCUAAUGCAGUGCCCCCUGGUCAUGUACCGGAAGAGUAUCUCCGGGGUUUCCGGCCCUAUCCCACAACCGAGGACGCCCUCCGAAUGCCCUCCGUGCCCUUGGGCCUGGACCCUGCAACUGCAGCGGCUGCAGCUGCUUAUUACCACCCCAGCUACCUGUCCCACCACUCCUUCACGCCAUACAGGAUGGAUGACCCGUUUUGCCUCUCUGCUUUGAGGUCACCUUUCUAUCAGCUGCCAACUGGGGCAGGUUUACCCCCCAUCCAUCCCUCUGCUGUUCACAUGCACAUACCAGGGGUCCGCUACCCUGGAGACUUCACACACCCUUCACUGUCAGCGCUGCAGUCUGAGAGGCUUCACCUGGAGGACGAGCUGCGGCAGCGAGAGAGGGACCGAGAAAGAGAACGUGAGCGUGAGAAGGAGAGGGAGCGGGAGGCCGAGAGAGAGAAGGAGCGGGAGAGAGAACGAGAGAGGGAGAGAGAGCGGGAGAAGGAGCUGGAGAGGGAGCGGGAGCGCGAGAGGGAGCGGGAGCGCGAGAGGGAACGGGAGAAGGAGAGAGAAAGAGAGAAGGAGCUGGAGAGGCAGAAAGAGAGAGCGCUGAGGGAGAAGGAGCUCCAGGCAUCCAAGGCCAUGGAAAACCACUAUCUGGCUGAUUUCCAUGCCAUGAGAGGACAAGAGGAGCGAACCAAGCCUGAGAGACUAACUCCUAAUCGGGCUGAUAAAACCAAAGAGCCCGCUCUUCCAGCUCCCAAACCAGUUCCGCCGGGAAUCCACCCUUCUGUGGUCCAGUCACAUCACCCCGUCCCGGGCCUGAUUCCAGGCCUCUACAUGGGGCCUGGCGCUGUAGGGGCGGGGCUCCCGGCCGCAAUGAUCGCUCAGAGGACCAAUGAGGAGGAGAGGUGGCUGGCGCGCCAACGCAAGCUGCGUCAGGAGAAAGAGGAUCGUCAGUACCAGGUGUCUGAAUUCCGCCAGCAGGUUCUGGAGCAGCACCUGGACUUGGGCCGGCCAGCUGACACUUCGGAUCACAGGACAGACUCACACAGAUCCAUACCAAAUCACCAUGAACCAGGUAGUCGGGAACUCCACCCUCACUUAGGUGCCCCUCCACCCCUAAUCUCCCCCAAACCUCCGCAGCCACCACGUGAACACCACCCUCCGCCUCCCACGACUCUGUGGAACCCUGCAUCUCUCAUAGACACAACCUCGGAGUCCAGACGUAACCACGAGCCCUCAGGGAUGGGACACUACGAUCUCAGUCGGCUGCCUCCGGGGCCCUCCAAGUACGACGAUGGAGCCCGGAGGAGAGAGGGGGGACCAAUGGAGAAAUAUCCCCCUCUGAGAGGUCCUCCUGGCCUGCCUGAGCCCAGCACAUUCCUCGCCGAUUUGGAAAAAUCCACCCAGUCCUUCCUGAGCCAGCAGAGGGCAUCGCUGUCUCUGUCCAGCCAGUAUGAGCUGGAGGGAACUGUAAAAAGCAAUGCUGCAUUGAAGAAUCUCCAGGGACACCCAGGACACAGUAGACAUGGACAAGGACUAGGAAUGGUCACCGGGCCUGGUAUGGGACAGUUAACCUCACUGGGUGCGGGUCCAGAAACGAAGCUGAUCUACGACGAGUUCCUGAAUCAGCACCGAAGGCCUGUAAGCAAGCUCGACUUGGAGGAGAAGAGAAGAAGGGAGGCCAGGGAGAAAGGUUACUACUACGAGCUGGAUGACUCAUACGACGAGAGUGACGAAGAGGACGUGAGAGCCCAUCUCAGGAGAGUAGCAGAGCAGCCCCCACUUAAACUAGAUGACUCCACAGAGAAAUUGGAUUUUCUGGGAGUGUUUGGACUGACCACGGUGGGCCGGCGGGACGAGCUGGUGCACCAGAAGAGGAGAAAGAGGAGGAGGAUGCUUAGGGAACGCAGCCCCUCACCACCUGCCUCUCAGUCCAAACGCACUCCACCUCCACCUCAACUCAGCACACGCUUCACCCCUGAGGAUAUGGACCGCGCACCAGAGCUGGAGGAUAAGAAGCGCUUCCUCACUAUGUUUAGACUCUCCCAUGUCACUGUGCAGCAGAGGAGAGAUAAUGAAAAGGUGGUGGAGCUGCUUCAUGCCAUUAAGGAAAAGAGUGUAACCUUGGAUACCAUCAGACAUGCGCCUCAUCCGCUGUGUAAGAGCCCUCCAGCACAGACGUCUGAUCCAGCAUUUACCCAUCCUCCCUCUGAAUCUGAAGACCACCACAGUGUCAGACUACACAGCCCCUCCUCACACUGCCCAGCGUCCCCCAAUGGCCAUCCAAAACCCCUUGGGGAAACAUUAAGACCAAAGGCACCCCCUUCUCCAGCUGUCUACCCAGACAAGGCCCGGGGGCCCAGCGAGGGGCCGAUCUCAAAGAGAAGCUCCAGCCUACUUAACAGCUUGCGGCCCCCACUCCCCCUGCAGGCGAAAGAGGGUAUCCACAGCCUCAACGGACGCACAAAACCUUGGGACAGCUUCACCCCGGAGGAAUUUGCCCAGCAGUUUCACGAGUCUGUGCUUCAGUCUACGCAGAAGGCUCUGCAGAAACACAAAGGUGGAGCCACAGGGGCGUCAGAGUCGUCCCACCUCCAGGAGUCCUCUGUCCACUACAACAUUCCAGAGCUCCAGAGCGCCCCCGGCCGGCCCCCGCCGCCACACUCACAGUCUCAUUCAAACGCACAGUCAUUUCCUCAUCCGCAUGCGCACUCUCACCCUCAGUCCAACGGGCAGCACUUCUCACUGCCCGUACACAGGGAGGCGUCAGGGAUGAGAGAGGACCUGUCUGGGCCUGAGGACUCUGAGGAGGAUGAGGAUGAGGAGGAAGAGGAGGCCCCGGUUUCGAAGUGGCAGGGGAUUGAAUCUAUAUUUGAAGCCUAUCAGGAAUAUGUUGAAGAGCAAAGUUUGGAGCGGCAAGUAUUGCAGAGCCAGUGUCGAAGACUAGAAGCUCAGAACUACAACCUCAGUCUGACUGCUGAGCAGCUGUCUCACACCAUGGGGGACCUGAUGUCCCAGAGACAGAAACUAGCAGUGGAAAGGGAGAAGCUACAAGCGGAGCUGGAGCACUUCAGGAAGUGUUUGACGCUGCCACAGACGCACUGGCCGAGGGGCGGCCAUUACAAAGGCUACCCUCCAAGGUGACCCUGACACUCUGAUCCGACGGCCCCCAAGCCCCAGCCACCUCCCCCUUCAGACUGACACCCAGAGUUUAUUUUUCACGGCCAGGUCCUCGUGGCUCCACGGCGGAGAAUCUGACUGGCUGGAUAAGAUGAAACAAUGAGUAAUUAGUUGAGUGCACAGACUGGACCAUUCAGUGAAGGACAGGCAGUCUUUGGAUCGUGGCUACCCAGGGACUGCACCACAAGCCACUAACGUGUGCCAAUGUAGCCGACCCGGAGAUCAGCAGGAGCACGGGGCAAGAGAACCUGAAGAUCAACAAACAGACGCACGGCUGCUUUUCACAUUCUUCAGUCCCUGCAUCCCUCGCCGCCACAGCUACACAGACAAUCCUGCCAAUGAGGGAGCAGCUAGACCCCGGAGGGGUGUCGUUACGAGACUUGAUAGCUCCGAAUCUCCAAACGAAGGCUCCUGGUCAGCUGGGACUGAUUUUUAUCACAGUGGCCACACGAGCUUUUGAACUGGAAAUGCACUUAAGAAUAAAAGCUGAAGAACUACCUGGUGGUACUGUGUUACAACAAAGAUCUGUUCAAAUUAGGGAAGAACUUAGAAAAUGCACAUUUUUGGAAAGAAUUAAGGAAAUGUUUUAUUUCGAAAUAGAAAAUUUGAAAAUAAGAAUUUUAAAAGGUGCUUCAGCCUUGUAUUGUACAUAAUAUGAAGACUUAAAAGAAUUUUGUAUGUUUUUAUUACUUUAAUCAUUGUUCUUUUAAAAGACAAAGCCUGCCAUUUUUAUAUGUUUAUGCUUUUUUUGGGGGGUUGGAAAAGAAAGCCUUGCUUUUAGUGUUUGUACUGCUGCUGGCCAGAACAGCUCGAUUUAAGACAUUUAACAGAGCGAGAGAAAGCGGGACGCGCUCCUCUUCUUGCUCUGCCCUGGCACUGCGCAGCCGAGACCCAGCCACAGCCACCUCAUCCAGCCUCCGAGCUCAGCACAGCUUGCUUAGAGGCCCUGAGACACGGCUCCUGCCCACUCAGCCCCGUUCCUUCACAGCGACACGUGUCUGUUUCGAUUCCCCGUCUCCUCUGGUCAGCUUCACCGCUGCAGGCAUGACUACUGGUAGUUAGCUUGUGAUAUUCUCAUGCAGCACCAACAUCCACAGUGACACAUAUAAGUAUCUAGUUUUUACUUUGGUCUUUUUUGACUAUUUUGUUAAGACAUGAAGUCUCUUAAGCAGUCAGCAGAAGAACUGGUCUCGAUGCUUAGUCCUGCCCUGCCCAAUCAUUGGACCUUUAUUGACGUUCAUAUCAUUUGGCUCAAACUAAACGACGGUUUUCAGAAUGUUACUCCUCACCAGAUCGAGCCCUCUUCAGCAGCCAUUAGAGGACACGGUGCCAAAAUAAUAAUCUAGCAUUUUGGAUUCAUUUUCAGUGAAGUUGCAAUUGGGCAGCCAUACAAGAACAGCCAAUUUCAGUACUGAACACCUUUGACCCUACUCAUCGACUUUCGGCACUUCCCUGUUUUUAGGACGGCCCGCUAAAAACAAAGUUGCCAACGAGUUCUGAGUCACAGGAUAUCACAUGACAAUUCAAGCUGCCCUCUAUCUCCUCUACACGGAGUUUGGGCUGGUAUAACACUUCCAUCAGUGAUGUUUGGAAAUGAUACACACACAUACCACAUCAUGCAUGUGGGAUGUUUGAGGUGAAAGGGUGAAGGAUUUCAGUAUUUUAAAAAAAAAAAAAUACAAAAAUGAAUUUAUAUUAAAAACAUUAAAAAACACUGAAGCACAAAUGUCCCAUACACACACAAUAUUAUAAGUGCCUCAAGAAUUUGGGAGCAUGUGAAUGAGUUUCAGUCCACAUAAUUCUACGCCUAACAUCUUGAUCAGGGACUUCACAUUUUUACAUCCGGGUGUCUAUUGUAGGCCUCACACCAAGUCAAGCGCGGACACUAAAACUGUUUAUCAAAAUCAGUUUAACCACGAGACCGUUUGUUUUGUUAUGUUUUUUUUUUUUUUUUUUUUUUAAAUAAAUGGGCCAGAUCAGAGGAACACAGAGUGCGGUCUGUCAUUUUUACAGAGCAGGAGAGAGCCAACAGAGAGGGAGCAUGCAUGCUGAGGUAAAAGCUGCCAAUGAGCUGGGGAGGAGGGCGCAGUGCGGCGAGCCUCUGGCUCCGGCCUCCCUGUGUCUCCGACCCAUGCACGCCCAUGCAAUAGCCCCAAUACUCAGUGGAGGAUGUCUAGAUGCUGUGAAAUCCUGUUUUUAAAAUGUACUUGUUUGAAUUCAUUGUUAAUGUAAUAUAUUCUUUGUUGAAUGUAGUAAUUAGGUAUUUAUGAAUAUAUGGCUGUGAUUUUCCGACAAAAAAGAAAAUAAAAUAUGGCAAAAAUGUUAAAUAUCAA